UAAGAUUUUUUAAACCGACUUAAAAUAAAAUAUACAUACUCCAUAAAAAUAGAGGAUGUAAUUAUGACUUUUAUAAUUAUAUUGCUUUAGUUUUUAAAAGAGAGUAUUAUAUAUUAUUCCGAAGAAAACUUAGGAACGUUGUUAAAUCUGCUUUGUUUUAGAACGUAAUAUAUAAUAGCCGCCAUCUUUGAUAUUGAAUAAGUGACAGUUCUUUCUGUGAACACGUUUUUGGGGAAGAACAACAAUGCAGAUAUUCGUCAAAACCCUAACGGGGAAGACCAUCACCCUUGAGGUGGAGGCUUCAGACACCAUCGAAAAUGUGAAGGCUAAGAUCCAAGAUAAAGAAGGUAUCCCUCCGGACCAACAGCGACUCAUCUUCGCCGGCAAGCAGUUGGAAGAUGGCCGUACUCUGUCUGAUUACAAUAUCCAGAAAGAAUCCACUCUUCACUUGGUGCUUAGGCUUAGAGGAGGUACCAUCGAGCCCUCUCUUCGUAACUUGGCAAUGAAGUACAACUGCGAGAAAAUGAUCUGCCGUAAGUGCUAUGCUCGCCUGCACCCCAGAGCUACUAACUGCCGCAAAACUAAGUGUGGACACACUAACAAUCUCCGCCCCAAGAAGAAGAUCAAGGAUUAUUAGACUAUUCAUUUUUUUCCAUUCAUUGCAAUGUUUGUAAUGGCUAAUGCCAACCAACUAAAAUAAAACUUGAAUAUUUAAAA